AUGAAGUGCUAGGGAAAAAUCUUUUUGCCCUUCCAAACGGCGUAUUUUAGAAGCCUCCACAAGAGAACGUAUUUUUGGGGAUCGCUAGAACACACUGAAACCAUACGUUGGUUACGAUGGCUUUCAGUUCGCAAUUGGUAGCAUCGCCCUUGCCGUUAUCGUCCAGGGCUUACUUGCAGUCGGUGGCCAAUCCGGUGCCUGUGACCGCGGCUCUGCUGCAACGUCACCACCGUGUCAUAUCUUUCACCAACACAAAUAGUAAUCCCUUCCUCUACUUUUACAAUAACCUUGCUAUUACAUCGGGACGAAAGAUAAGCUUCAUUCGAUGCUUCUCUGCUCUAAAUCCUGAGCUGAAGACUACCUUGGAUAAAGUUGUUACAUCACAAAAAGUAGUUCUCUUCAUGAAGGGAACAAAGGAAUUCCCCCAGUGUGGAUUUUCAAACUCUAUUGUGCAGAUACUGAAAUCCUUGAACGUGUCUUUUGAAGCGAUAAAUAUUCUAGAAAAUGAAAUUUUGCGUCAGGGAUUGAAGGAGUACUCCAAUUGGCCAACCUUUCCACAAUUGUACAUUGAUGGCGAGUUCUUUGGUGGAUGUGACAUUACUGUAGAAUGGAAGAAUAAAAAGUUUCAUGAAUUUGUAACAGAGGCAUACAAGAGCGGGGAGUUGCAGGAACUGUUAGAGAAGGCAAUGUGCUCUUAACUCCAAGUCCUUUGGUGGUUUGGCCAUUGAAUGUCUGUAAACAUGUCCUCAAUUUGAUACUGCUCAGUUAAAGUUUAUACCUGCAUUCUGGUGGGAAAAAAUGACAUGAACUCCUAUAUAUGUGUAACUUUUCAAAAUUUUUUCCCCUCCCUUGAUGUGUUCUGUUAUUAUCUUUAAUAUAUAGUGCCCGUUUGAACCA